CGAUUCAACCGUCAAGUAAGACGGACGGUGUUUGCAAAUCCGCGAUCUCGUGGCGUGAACAGCACACAACUUCGUGUCUUCGUCUUCAUUUCGUUCAUUCAGGCUCUCCUAGCCGUUUGGAAGGGAGCAAAAAUAGAACAAAAACAAAAGUGGUUCAUUAUACGCGUCGCCAUCGAAUGGCUAAACUGUGUCUACAAAAGCAAACCAAAGUAAACCGAGUGCACAAAGCAAGAGAUAGGGUGUGAAAUUGAAAGAAAUUAAUUGUGAAUCUGAAGUGAAACCCAUCAGUUUAUAAAUCAAUAAAUAUAUUUUUAAAUCUUAAUUGAAAUUCUGUGAGUGUGAGUGAAUUCAAGUUUGGCACCAGUGACGAAUUAGUAAACACAAACCGGCUCAAGGAAAAUAGUUCGAAAUGCGCAGCGUUAGAAGCAGUCUAACCAUCGGACGACUGGCGAUCUACCCGAGGAAUUCCAACAUUCGCACAGGUUUGCUCUGUCUGCUUGCAUCACAACAGCAUGACCAACAGCGUCACUGUGCCUUCUCCGAUCACAGUAAAUGCUGCAGUAACAACAGUACCACCCAUCCACAGCAUGGACACAGCAACCAACAGCUGAGACGUUUUCAUGUUACAACUGUCUGUGAGAAAUCGUCGAAAAGUGGCUCAAAUCCGCCGACCGGCGGUUCCGGUAGUGGCAGUGGUUCAUCUGCGUCGAGUUCCGGUGGCAGUGGUAAAGAUGGCAAUGGUAAAGAACCUCCAAACAAAAAGAAUGUUUUAUCGUGUCCGAAGUGUGGUGACCCUUGCACACAUGUGGAAACGUUCGUCAGCUCUACCCGGUUCGUGAAAUGUGAAAAAUGUCAUCACUUUUUCGUGGUGCUGAGCGAGGUUGAUUCUAAAAAGACCAUGAAAGAUACGGAAACCAAGGGUCAACGGAAACCACCGCCACCGCCGAAAAAAAUAAUGGAAUAUCUUGACCGACACGUUGUUGGCCAAGAACUCGCCAAGAAAGUGUUAUCCGUGGCUGUGUACAAUCAUUACAAACGAAUCUAUCAUAAUCUUCCACCACCGACCAGUGGCGGAAAUCAAACGGGGGCUCAACAAAUCGAUUCUAUGUCACGAAGUGGUGACCUACUUCACAUAUCCGGUAUUGGUCAUACGAUGAUGAGCUCUGCUCCAACUGAAGUUCCACGGCCGCCAUUAACGUCGUCAAAUGCCUCUCAAGCGCAUCAUCCGGGCUCUGAGCUGCUGGAGAAAAAAACUCAUGAGCUCAAACUGGAAAAAAGCAACAUUCUUAUGUUAGGCCCUACAGGAUCGGGGAAAACACUACUGGCGCAAACGAUUGCCAAGUGUUUGGAUGUUCCAUUUGCUAUCUGUGAUUGUACCACGCUGACGCAGGCCGGCUACGUGGGUGAGGACAUAGAAAGUGUCAUCGCAAAACUGCUACAGGAUGCUAACUAUAGUGUUGACCGAGCUCAAACCGGUAUAGUGUUCUUGGAUGAAGUUGACAAGAUUGGUGCCGUACCCGGAAUCCAUCAGCUGCGGGACGUAGGAGGUGAAGGUGUCCAGCAGGGCAUGCUGAAGAUGCUAGAGGGUACCAUCGUUAAUGUGCCAGAACGUAAUUCACCAAGGAAGUUGAGAGGUGAAACAGUCCAGGUUGAUACGACUAAUAUUCUGUUUGUGGCAUCCGGAGCAUACACCGGUCUUGAUCGGUUGAUCGCGAGAAGACUAAACGAGAAGUAUUUAGGUUUUGGUAUGCCAGCCAGUUCUUCCGAAGGGCGACGAGCAGCUCAAGCGUCGGCUUCACCAAUGGACAACGAUCAAGUCGAGCGCGAUGCAAAUCUUCGUAAAGUUCAAGCAAAAGAUUUAGUGGAGUUUGGAAUGAUUCCGGAAUUCGUUGGUCGCUUCCCGGUUCUGGUUCCGUUCCAUAGUUUGGACGUGGAUAUGCUUGUCCGUAUUCUGACCGAGCCUCGCAAUGCUCUGGUUCCGCAGUACAAAGCCCUACUGGGUAUGGAUCAAGUCGAACUAACAUUCACCGAAGAUGCACUCAAGCAGAUCGCCCAACUGGCCAUGGAAAGGCAAACUGGAGCCCGUGGUCUGCGAGCCAUAAUGGAAACGCUUCUAUUGGAACCGAUGUUCGAGGUACCCGGUUCGGACGUCAAAACCGUUCACAUUACCGAAGAUUGCGUUCGAGGGCAGACCGAACCGACAUACAUUCGUCGAAAUGCUUCCAAUUCGGCAAAUUGCGGCCCAAAUACGCCCAACAACAACAACACAUCUCAGGCACCCGAGGAGGAGGAAAACACCAAACUUCGUGUUAAACAAUGAGUCCUCGUGUGAUAAUAAUGAACCGUUGCAACUACUACAUGGUCACAGGUAGGAAGUAUUAGUUUAAGAAGGGGUUCUUUUGAUAUUUCCUACUGCUUGCGAUGACAGCAUGUUGGUUUUGCCUUGUUCCACAGUAUAAAAGGGACAUACAAAUAUUAUAAACAAAGUGCAAAAAUGUACAUACGGAUGAUUGCUGGUUCGUCAGAUAUCAUCCACAAAAAUAUAAGACGAAUUGUGCUAAAUUUAACGAAUUAUAAAUAUUAAUAAUGUGAGUUGCAGCUGGUGUUCAGGUUCCUUUUUAAGAGAGCGAAAAGUUUAAGUAGAUGAUCCUCAUUCUCCUAUGCAUAAAAUGUGAUGAAUCCUCGUUAGGAUCAAGUAGUUAUCUCUACUUGAAACUGCUGGAAUGAUGAUAGAUGUAGUAAAAAAAAAUUGAGUUAUUUACUUGGAUUCGAAUUGGCAUAUCCGUUAAAGUAAUUUUGUUGUCUCCUAGGAGGAUGUAACUCAUUAUCUUAUUCUACUUAACCAUAGAAGAAAAAAAACGAAACCCGAGCUACUUCUCGACGAAGGUAUAAAGUGUAAAUAAUAUUUACUAGUGGUAUGAACUUUCGAAACUGCGUAACACAGACAGACAAAAGUGAACACGUUAGGCUAGUGGUAGAUAAAAUAAUUUCCCAGAAAUGGUCAAUAUAUUCGAAAUAUUUCGAA